UUGUUGCGUCUUUCUUCGAGCGGUUUCUUCCGGUCUGAUAAUCAAGCCACUUUACCGAGCCCGUGUGGGCGCGGGCGCGCGCGACUCGGACGAAGARGAUGGCUGAGCAUCCAUGGCCAGUGUUAGAUUAUCUAUGGCACGCUCAUUGUGCCCGUUCGACUGGCAGCCAAAGCUWUCGCAUGGCCUCCCUCUCUSGCUGUUUCCUACUCCAAUCCCUUGCUAGUGUUCUGCUGCUUGCCACAAUUUCUAAGCGGGUAAAUGGCGCCGCUGUCGAGCGACCGGUCCUCGGCCAAUGGUCUUCGGCUGCCAAUGCUGCAGAGCCGGGAGACAGCCGAGCACGUCUCCUCGCCCAGCAGGUCAKGCGCAGUAUGGCGAUGGUGUCCACCGCGCCGCCUUCCUCGCCACCAGUGUUUGAGCCGGAAGGGAGCAUGACGCUUCUGCAGCCCCAGCUCUUCGUCACAGGCAACCAGAGCGUAGUGCCUCCCAUUGUCGUUCAUACCCCUUCUCAAGACUUUCAGCCGACGGCGUCUGGGUGGGCGUGCRGAKCUAUCAUUCGCGACUUAACGUUUCAUCCUAGCGAUGAUACCCAGAUGUACUUCAUUCUUGACGAGUUCUGUAUAAGUACAAAAGAAGAUGAAGUUCUAAGUCGGCGGUUUUCGAUCCGAAAAGCCGAUCUUGCGCGGGCGCGCCAAGGUUUCAAGAAUAGCUCGGUACUCAGCUAUUGGUGGCGCUAUGGCGCAGGGAACGGGCUGAGUGAAACAUCUGACUUUGUGUGGAGGAAGAAUGUCAMUGACAACAUAUCAAUGGCGCUGGUGUUUGGUCUCGACGUGAACAGAGAAGGAGACCAGCUGGUCACAGUGGCAACUCCGAGUAGUGGGACUCAGUCGAGUGUCGUCUGGCUAUCCACGGCGGCUGGCAAUCGAACGAGCGUGGCCAUAAAUGCGGACGCCGUAUGGAGCGUGGCAUUCAAUCCGAACAAGACGGAACUGUUCAUCUCGGACAUCGCCCGACCCGUUCGGAUUUUGUCGAUGGCGGUCGCAGAGUCCGGGAGACUGGACGCCGGCCYGAAAUUGAACGAAGUCUGUAAUUUCUCCACCGGYGAUCCCAACAUUUCAUUCGUUGGAUUCGACUCAAGUAGCUUUCUGCCGGACGAGAGCUGCCUUUAUUUCGCCGAUUGGGGUUAUAACCGGGUUUGGGCAAUAGAUCCUCGCUCUCCCUCCCCGACGGCCACUCUUGUGGCCGGCUCGGGCCAGAGCGGGUCCGUCGAUGGCGAUGGUCCCAAAUCUCAGUUCGAUAUCGCGGCGAACGCAGUAGCGACACCGGACGGAUGUAACGUCUUCGUUACCGAGCAGGGGAGCGGUUUACUUCGGUGGCUGAAGCUGGACGCGCCCUGCAGCUCGGCGACCAGUGUACAGCAGGUCGCCAGAUACAGUGCCGGCGGGUUGUGGGGAUUGGCGCUUCGGCAGUCCGGCAGCGAACUAAGUCUGUACGUCGGAGCAAACGAUGGUUCCGUGUUCGAGCUGAGAAUCAGCAAUUCGCAGCUUCACUCUUGCGCGCCUCCUCCCACUUCUGGCCCGUCGCCUUCACGAUCUUCGCCGCUUCCCCCCAGCUCCCGAAGAACUAAUUUAGGUCUUGCGGUCGGGCUGCCCGUGUUGAUCUCAGUCUUCCUGGCGCUUGCCACGUGCCUUAGUGUCCUUGUGUACAGAGCGCGCCGGAAUGGAGGGAAACAGGGGCAGGCUAAACCUGGGCCAAAUACAACAGGGAGCAGAACCGUCGAGAUUGGACGGAGCAGCAACUUCACAACGGAGGGGUGUGGGCGCCACGAGAGCGGGGGAGGAGGUGGGGGACUUCACCCCUUGCAAGUCAGACGAUUCUCGCUGGCAGCUCUGCAGCAUUGCACAGAAAAUUUCAGCAAGAACUACCGUAUCGGGGACAGUGGAGCGUUCGGAGAUGUGUACUGGGGCUCGAUGGACGAUCAGGAUUUGGCCAUCAAGGUGAUGACGGGGGAUCUGACGGAGGGGAAGAGAAGCAUGUUCCUGGCAGAAGUGAACACGUUGAGCAGACUCCAUCAUGCCAACCUUAUCGGACUGGUGGGAUUCUGUGACGAGGGGAGUCGGUCGAUCUUGGUGUACCCGUAUUUCCCGGGGGGAAGUCUGUACGCUCGCCUGCACCACAGAGAGAAGGCAGUUCCUGGCAGACCUCGUCUUCCUCCUCUGACGCUCGUUGAGCGGAUGUGCAUCGCCUGGCAGAUUGCCAGGGGUCUCAGUUACCUUCACGGGGGAGCGGACCCGCCAGUCAUUCACCGCGACAUCAAGAGCAGCAACGUCCUUCUUGGUGAUGGCGCUGGGGAGAAGCUGCGCGUCGUGCUCGCGGAUUUCGGACUAGCGACCAUCGGAGAAAGAGUGUUUGGCGGGACAACACGGGACACCGCGGUGAAGACCUCGCACGUGGGCGGGACUUUCGGGUACAUGGCGCCGGAGUACGUGAUGAGCGGAACUCUGUCRGAGAAGAUCGACGUGUACGCUUUUGGCGUGAUCCUUAUGGAGCUGCUUACGGGGCGAAAGGCGGCCACGGACUCGCCGUCCGGUAACGGGUCGUGGCAGACGCUAGCGGACUGGGCAAGRCCGUUCUUUCGAAGCGAMWWUAUUGCUGGUGGAGGGAUGCCGCAUGCAAUUCUGGACUCUCGCUUGCGUGCCGAGGUGGCGGGGCGCCCAUUCCAGCAGAUGACGAUGGAGGCACUGCGUUUAGCGAGCGGCUGCUUGAUGAUGGAGCCUGCUGCGAGGCCAACGAUGACCGAGCUAGCGGAGAGGCUUGCGGAUCUGUUGAUAGAAGCUCAUGUCAAUAUAAGGAGGGUAUGAGCGUCGUGCGCAGACCACAUGGACAGAUGCCUCUUCAGCGGAUGGAGAGGGGACUGCAGCGGAGAUGCUGAAAUCUGUGGGCAAACGGGGGGAGAGCGCAUUGGUAGCAUAAGGAGUUGUGAUGGCUGAUUGGAAGAGGAAAUAGAGAGCAUUGGGGACUAAUUACUAAUUACGACUAUUAAUUAAUAGUAUAACGGAAGAUAACGGACGCGUUUGUUAAACAGUGCCUGCCUGGAGGUUCUAUUGCGCCCGGGGGAGAGAGAGAGAGAGAGAGAGAGAGAGAGAGAGAGAGAGAGAGAGAGAGGGAGAGAGAGAGAGAGAGAGAGAGAGAGACACAUGCAAAUAUCAGACAAAACGUGCGAGGCUUUACUUUCGCAGUAUACACGUCUCGUCCAUGGAAUGCGACAACGUCGSGAUCACCCUUCUACCYCACUGCUCAGGUAAUCAUYUCAGCCACUGUCCACAAUAUUUAUACCCUUUUUCUGGAGUAGAUUGAUUGAUUGAGGUGUUAAUAAUUUCGUGAUAGCAGAAGUUGAAAUUGUAGGGAAUAUACUCGUAGGAUAUCCUCGGACARAAAKCUGUGGAGAAAAAAAAAAUAAAAAAAWAAAAAUCUGUGGAGGGCAAAGAAGGUGAUAGCAGGACAGGAAUUGUUGCCUUGGUCGACGAACAACUCGAUCUGCUUACGUAGCUCUCUCUUUUUUUAUAUUUGUCACGUUAGCAAUUUUUUGUCGGGACGUUACUGAGCAAAUAAUCCCGUGUGCUGGCCGAGCCUCGAAGAAUCCAUGGCGACGGCGUGGCCGGGGUAGGCGAGGGGAUUGGACGUGAACCCACGUGGUCGAUCAGCGUCUCCUUAGGAAGGACACUUUGCUGGACAGCCAAGGAGAAUUUUGUCGCUCGCUCGCUAAGACGAAAGGAGGAGACUGUGGUUUUAAAAAAGUCGAACGUUUUUCGCUCUCGUAGCAGAAUUUCGUUCAUAG